AUGAGGGCCGUCGCUGCCGCGCAGUGCGGGCCCCGGCAGCACAGGCCGCAUGGGCCCGCACGCGCCCGGGUGGUCGUGAGGGGGUUCGGGGACGGCAAGCGGCCAGACUACAUCCCGAACAGGAUCGACGACCCCAACUAUGUCCGCAUUUUCGACACGACGCUCCGUGACGGGGAGCAGUCCCCGGGCGCGACCCUCACGUCGCGGGAGAAGCUCCAGAUCGCCACGCAGCUCGCGAAGCUCGGCGUCGACAUCAUCGAGGCCGGGUUCCCCGUCGCCUCCCCGGACGACUUCAACGCCGUCAAGCAGAUCGCGGUCGAGGUCGGCAACAUGGUCGAGGACGACGGGUACAGCCCCGUCAUCUGCGGCCUCUCCCGCGCCAACCGCAAGGACAUAGAGGUCGCGUGGGACGCCGUUCGGCUGGCGCGGCGGCCGCGCGUGCACACGUUCAUCGCGACGUCGGAGAUCCACAUGAAGCACAAGCUCAAGAUGACGCCGGACCAGGUCGUCGAGAAGGCCGUCACCGCCGUCAAGGCCCUGCGCGACAUGGGGUGCGAGGACGUGGAGUUCUCCCCCGAGGACGCGGGGCGGUCGGACCCGGAGUUCCUGUACCGGAUCCUGGGCGAGGUGAUCGAGGCCGGCGCGACGACGCUGAACAUCCCGGACACGACGGGGUGGAACUUGCCGCACGAGUUCGGACGCCUGAUUGCGGGGAUCAAAGAAAACACCCCCGGGAUCGAGAAGGCGAUCAUCUCGACGCACUGCCAGAACGACCUCGGGCUGUCGACGGCGAACUCGCUCGCGGGCGCGAUGGCGGGCGCGCGGCAGAUCGAGUGCACCAUCAACGGCAUCGGGGAGCGCGCGGGCAACGCCAGCCUCGAGGAGGUGGUCAUGGCGAUCGCGCUGCGCGGCGGCGCGGAGAUGGGCGGGCUGUACACGGGCAUCCGGCCGGUGCACAUCUCGGCGACGUCCCGGAUGGUCAGCGACUUUUCCGGCAUGAUGGUGCAGCCGCACAAGGCGAUUGUUGGGGCGAACGCGUUCGCGCACGAGUCCGGGAUCCACCAGGACGGCAUGCUCAAGUCGCGGGAGACGUACGAGAUCAUGACGCCCGAGACGAUCGGGCUCCUGCGGCAGGAUGAGGCGGGAAUCGUGCUGGGGAAGCACUCGGGGCGGCACGCUGUCAAGACGCGCCUGAAGCAGCUCGGGUUCGACCUGUCGCCCGAGGAUCUCGACAAGGUGUUUGUGCGGUUCAAGGACGUCGCGGAGAAGAAGAAGGGCGGCGUCGUGGACGAGGACAUGAUCGCGCUCGUCGGCGACCAGGUGCACUCGCCGGCGGAGGUGUGGGUGCUCGAGGAGCUGCAGGUGGUGUGUGGCACUAUGGGCCUGCCCACGGCGACGGUGAAGAUGAAGGGCCCCGACGGGCUCUCGCGGUGCGCCACGGCCAUGGGCACGGGGCCCGUGGACGCCGGGUUCACCGCGAUCGACUCGCUCGUCAAGGUGCCGGCCAACCUGACGGACUACAAGGUGGAGGGCGUGACGGAGGGCAUCGACGCGAUGGCUCACACGCGGGUGACGAUCAAGGCGGGCGACCGGUCCGCGAUGGCGGUGUCGGCGCAGGGCGUGACCAAGGAGCGGUCGUUCUCGGGGCAGGGCGCGGACGAGGACAUCGUGGUGUCGUCGGCGCGGGCCUACACGUCGGCGCUGAACAAGAUGAUCGGCUGGCUCGCCGCUCAGGCGAAGGCGAAGGAGGAGCAGGAGCGGGAGGAGCGGGAGCAGGCGGGCGGAGCAGUGGCGGCGUAG